CUCCAGCUGUGGGGAACGGAGUCUUUAUUACACAUCACACGUUCUGUAUUAUCUCUGAUUGACGGAGGAUGGACAAGGACAGUAGUCACAGGACUGAGAGCAUAAUAAAAAUCACCCUGGAGAUCAUCUACCUGCUUACUGGGGAGGAUUACACAGUAGUGAAGAAGACAUCCAGUGAGUGUGAGAUACUCAACAGCCAGCCCCGUGUGUCAGGAGGACUGAGUAGAACCCAAAGCCCAAUCACGGUGCCUACACCUCACUCACUGAUACAUGAGAGACACAAUGACCAGAAAAUCCUGGAACUCACCAACAAGAUCAUUCAGUUGCUGACUGGAGAGGAGGGGGAGUAUAUAGAGGAACACAGGGGUCUGUACAAGGACUUGAUGAUGGAGAAUCACCGGCCCCUCACAUCACUGGAAGGACCCAGUAACAGAGAUACCCCAGAGAGAUGUCCCCGUCCUCUGUAUUCCCAGGAUUGUACAGAGGAGAAUCACAGGAUCCCACAGGAGGAUCAGGAUGAAGCCCAAUUAAAUAAUAUUAAUAUCAAAGAUACAGAGGGAGAAAAAGAGACAUAUGUGACUGAUACAAAGGCAGAAGAUACAGAGGGAGAAGAAGAGACGUAUGUGACUGAUAUAAAGGCAGAAGAUACAGAGGGAGCAGAAGAGACGUAUGUGACUGAUAUAAAGGCAGAAGAUACAGAGGGAGAAGAAGAGACGUAUGUGACUGAUAUAAAGGCAGAAGAUAUAGAUGGAGAAGAAGAGACGUAUGUGACUGAUAUGAAGGCAGAAGAUAUAGAGGGAGAAGAAGAGACGUAUGUGACUGAUAUAAAGGCAGAAGAUACAGAGGGAGAAGAAGAGACGUAUGUGACUGAUAUAAAGGCAGAAGAUAUAGAGGGAGAAGAAGAGACGUAUGUGACUGAUAUAAAGGCAGAAGAUAUAGAUGGAGAAGAAGAGACGUAUGUGACUGAUAUGAAGGCAGAAGAUACAGAGGGAGAAGAAGAGACGUAUGUGACUGAUAUAAAGGCAGAAGAUAUAGAUGGAGAAGAAGAGACGUAUGUGACUGAUAUAAAGGCAGAAGAUAUAGAGGGAGAAGAAGAGACGUAUGUGACUGAUAUAAAGGCAGAAGAUAUAGAUGGAGAAGAAGAGAGGUAUGUGACUGAUAUGAAGGCAGAAGAUACAGAGGGAGAAGAAGAGACGUAUGUGACUGAUAUAAAGGCAGAAGAUAUAGAUGGAGAAGAGACGUAUGUGACUGAUAUAAAGGCAGAAGAUAUAGAGGGAGAAGAAGAGACGUAUGUGACUGAUAUAAAGGCAGAAGAUACAGAGGGAGAAGAAGAGACGUAUGUGACUGAUAUAACGGCAGAAGAUACAGAGGGAGAAGAGGAGACGUAUGUUACUGAUAUAAAGGUAGAAGAUACAGAGGCAGAAGAAGAGACGUAUGUGAGGGGUGAUCAGCAGUCUAAGGAGGAGGAAAUCCCUACAGAUAUCAGCACAGCAGAUGGACACACAAGCAAGAAUAUCUCAGAAGGACAUCUAAUGUUAUCCCCGGAUUGUGACAUAAAAGAUAAUGACAGUAGACAGGAUUCUCCAGGAGAUAACCCCAUUACCCCAAUUAUACAUCCAGCUCUAUCAGCUGAUCCCCCUGAUCCUGGAAAAUGUUCUCCUGAUCACUCUGAUAUUGGUGCAUCUGUUACAGCUCUGAGAGUAGAUACAGUGUUUCCCUGUUCUAUAGAUGCCAAAUGUUUUACACAGAACACGAAGCCUAUUAACCCACAGACAGGUAAGGCAGGUGAGAGGCCAUUUCUAUGUUCUGAGUGUGGGAAAUGUUUUACAUACAAAUCACAUCUUGUUAUACAUCAGAAAAGUCACACAGGCGAGAGGCCAUUUUUUUGCUCUGAGUGUGGGAAAUGUUUUGUACGGAAAUCACAUCUUAUUAAUCAUGAGAGAAGUCACACAGGUGAGAGGCCAUUUUCUUGCUCUGAGUGUGUGAAAUGUUUUGCAUGGAAAUCACAUCUUGUUAUACAUCAGAGAAGUCACACAGGUGAGAAGCCAUUUUCUUGCUCUGAGUGUGGAAAAUGUUUUGCACGGAAAUCACAUCUUGUUAUACAUCAGAAAAGUCACGCAGGCGAGAGGGCAUUUUCUUGCUCUGAGUGUGGGAAAUGUUUUGUACGGAAAUCACAUCUUAUUAAUCAUCAGAGAAGUCACACAGGUGAGAAGCCAUUUUCUUGCUCUAAGUGUGGGAAAUGUUUUGCACUCAACUUAGAUCUAGUUAGACAUCAGAGAAGUCACACAGGUGAGAAGCCAUUUUCUUGCUCUGAGUGUGGGAAAUGUUUUACACGGAAAUCAGUUAUUUUUAGACAUCAGCAAACUCACACAGGUGAGAAUCUAUUUCCAUGUUCUGAGUGUGGGAAAUGUUUUGCACUCAUAUCCAAUCUUGUUAGACAUCAAAGAAGUCACACAGGUGAGAAGCCAUUUUCUUGCUCUGAGUGUGGGAAAUGUUUUGCACAGAAAUCACAUCUUAUUAAUCAUGAGAGAAGUCACACAGGUGAGAGGCCAUUUUCUUGCUCUGAGUGUGGGAAAUGUUUUGCACUCAAAUCAGAUCUUGUUAGACAUCAGAGAAGUCACACAGGUGAGAAGCCAUUUUCUUGCUCUGAGUGUGGGAAAUGUUUUGCACUCAAAUCAGAUCUUGUUAGACAUCAGAGAAGUCACACAGGUGAGAAGCCAUUUUCUUGCUCUGAGUGUGGGAAAUGUUUUGCACUCAACUUAGAUCUAGUUAGACAUCAGAGAAGUCACACAGGUGAGAAGCCAUUUUUUUGCUCUGAGUGUGGGAAAUGUUUUGCACUCAAAUCAGUUCUUGUUAGACAUCAGAGAAGUCACACAGGUGAGAAGCCAUUUUCUUGCUCUGAGUGUGGGAAAUGUUUUACACGGAAAUCAGUUCUUUUUAGACAUCAGCAAACUCACACAGGUGAGAAUCUAUUUCCAUGUUCUGAGUGUGGGAAAUGUUUUGCACUCAUAUCCAAUCUUGUUAGACAUCAAAGAAGUCACACAGGUGAGAAGCCAUUUUCUUGCUCUGAGUGUGGGAAAUGUUUUGCACAGAAAUCACAUCUUAUUAAUCAUGAGAGAAGUCACACAGGUGAGAGGCCAUUUUCUUGCUCUGAGUGUGGGAAAUGUUUUGCACUCAAAUCAGAUCUUGUUAGACAUCAGAGAAGUCACACAGGUGAGAAGCCAUUUUCUUGCUCGGAGUGUGGGAAAUGUUUUGCACAGAAAUCACAUCUUAUUAAUCAUGAGAGAAGUCACACAGGUGAGAGGCCAUUUUCUUGCUCGGAGUGUGGGAAAUGUUUUGCACAGAAAUCACAUCUUAUUAAUCAUGAGAGAAGUCACACAGGUGAGAGGCCAUUUUCUUGCUCUGAGUGUGGGAAAUGUUUUACACGGAAAUCAGUUCUUUUUAGACAUCAGCAAACUCACACAGGUGAGAAUCUAUUUCCAUGUUCUGAGUGUGGGAAAUGUUUUGCACUCAUAUCCAAUCUUGUUAGACAUCAAAGAAGUCACACAGGUGAGAAGCCAUUUUCUUGCUCUGAGUGUGGGAAAUGUUUUGCACAGAAAUCACAUCUUAUUAAUCAUGAGAGAAGUCACACAGGUGAGAGGCCAUUUUCUUGCUCUGAGUGUGGGAAAUGUUUUGCACUCAAAUCAGAUCUUGUUAGACAUCAGAGAAGUCACACAGGUGAGAAGCCAUUUUCUUGCUCUGAGUGUGGGAAAUGUUUUGCACUCAAAUCAGAUCUUGUUAGACAUCAGAGAAGUCACACAGGUGAGAAGCCAUUUUCUUGCUCGGAGUGUGGGAAAUGUUUUGCACAGAAAUCACAUCUUAUUAAUCAUGAGAGAAGUCACACAGGUGAGAGGCCAUUUUCUUGCUCGGAGUGUGGGAAAUGUUUUGCACAGAAAUCACAUCUUAUUAAUCAUGAGAGAAGUCACACAGGUGAGAGGCCAUUUUCUUGCUCUGAGUGUGGGAAAUGUUUUGCACUCAAAUCAAAUCUUGUUAUACAUCUCAGAAGUCAUACAGGUAAGAAUCCAUUUUCUUGCUCUGAGUGUGGGAAAUGUUGUCUAACAAGAUGUGAUUUACUUACACAUCACAGAAGUCACACAGGUGAGAAGCCAUUUCCAUACUCUGAGAAAUAAAUCAUCUCUUGUUGCACACAAUAGACAUCACUCAGGUGAGGAACCAUUUUAAUCUUCUGGAGUAUACUUAUCAUUGCCAUGCGUUGUUCUUCAAGGUUCUUAUCAUAUCUCCUAUGCUUUUUGCAAUAUACAUGCUACCGGUGGGUGAAAUAAUCUUCACACCACGUACAGCAAUAUAUGCUUUAUGGCAGGCAUGUCCAAACUGCGGCCCUCCAGCUGUUGAGAAACUACACAUCCCAGCAUGCCCUGACACAGCUUUAGCAUUCUCUGACAGCAAAACUGUGUCUGGGCAUGCUGGGAUAUGUAGUUUCACAACAGCUGGAGGGCCGCAGUUUGGAUAUGCCUGCUUUAUGGGGUGCUAGGCUGUGUGCACAUAGCAUAUGAGCAGCAACCACAAUUUGGGACAGCACAUUUAAGCGUAUUUUCUUCUAAAACACACUUGCGGGACAUAUUAUGAAAGAUCUAUUUCUGGAAAUAGUUAUCAUGGUAACACAUGCCAGGUGAUUUUUAAUGGUUGUUGAAAAUAGGAAAAAUGUUAGAUGACAUGUGUACGGGAAUUUUACAUAGUGAAAGUAGUUUGUUGUAAAAAAAAAAAAAAAAUGUUUUGUCUUGAA